CACUAUGUGUGUGCCAGUAGCAGUGUGAGUGCAUUAGAGCUGAGUGUGUGUAUUCUCUGUGUGUGUCACUAGCAGGCAGCAGAGGGCUAUGUUUGUAUUGUGGGCUAUGUUUGUAUUGUGUGUGUGACAAGCUAGCCAGCUGUGUGUUGUCAUUGUGUGUGUGUUAUUAGUGUAGUGUCCCUCUGUGUUGAGCGCUGUCCCCGUAGUGUGACCCUGCUUGAUUCUCCAAUCUGGAGCGGCGGCGGCAGAAAAUCUCCGACUUCUCCAGGUCCUCCCGGGAAAAGCUGCUCCAGCAGCGGGAGAAGAUGUUCUCAAAGUUCACCUCCAUCCUCCAGCACGCCGUAGAGGCGCUGGCACCUUCUCUUCCUUUACAAGAAGACUUUGUGUACCACUGGAAGGCAAUAACGCAUUACUAUAUUGAAACAUCUGACGACAAAGCUCCAGUAACCGAUACAAACAUACCCUCACAUCUGGAGCAGAUGCUGGACAUUCUGGUGCAAGAAGAGAAUGAGAGAGAGUCUGGAGAGACAGGACCGUGCAUGGAAUAUUUAUUACACCAUAAAGUCUUGGAAACCUUGUAUACUCUGGGAAAAGCUGAUUGUCCCCCGGGUAUGAAACAGCAGGUUCUGGUUUUCUACACAAAACUUUUAGGAAGAAUCAAGCAGCCUCUUCUUCCUCAUAUUAACGUGCACAGACCAGUCCAGAAACUAAUAAGACUUUGUGGAGAGGUUUUGGCAAACCCAACAGAAAAUGAAGAAAUCCAGUUCUUGUGCAUUGUGUGUUCAAAGCUGAAGCAGGAUCCAUAUUUGGUCAACUUCUUUCUGGAGAACAAGUCAAAAGUAUCAACAGGAUCUUCCAACAACUUUGUCAGUCAUCCUGGAGGUAGCCAGGGAGAAAUUCUUAAUAAUGACACUGGUCAGGCCCCUCCUCCUGGCGAGGCAUUGAACACCCCUGUAAUAGAGGGGAGCCCCUGCGUGAGCUCACUGCAGUCUGCUGAUCUUGCCACAUCUUCAGAAGAUCAGAAUGCGUCUGCACCACCAGAAGCCGCUGCCAAUCAUACGCACCAGGAUUAUAAUUUAGUGAACUCUCUACUGAACCUCACAAAAAGUCCGGACGGCCGUGUUGCUGUAAAAGCUUGUGAGGGGCUUAUGCUUCUUGUAAGUUUGCCAGAGCCAGCAGCUGCCAAGUGCCUAACACAGAACACCUGUUUGUGCGAACUUCUGACGAAUAGACUGGCGUCCCUGUACCGUGCUCUGCCCCAGUCUAUUGACCCUCUGGAUAUAGAAACUGUGGAAGCCAUUAACUGGGGUCUGGAUUCCUACAAUGUAAAGGAAGAUGCUUCUGCUUUCCCUGGAAAACGUGACCUCAUUUCUUUCUUGUCUUGGUUUGACUAUUGUGACCAGCUCAUCAAGGAAGCACAUAGGAUGGCUGCUGUUGCAUUGGCCAGAUCUGUGCGGGAGCAAUUUCUCAUUGGUGUCAUGGAACCUCAGCUCAUGCAAACUUCUGAGAUUGGGAUCCUCACAGCAACAGCUUUACUUCAUCGCAUUGUGAGGCAAGUGACAUCAGACGCUCUUCUUGAUCAGAUUGUGUAUUUUCUCCUUGGAGAGAAUCGGGAGCCAGAGACGCUACGUGAUAUUCAGAGGACGCCUCUUCGGCAUCGUUUGAUUGAACACUGCAACCAUAUAUCAGACGAGAUCAGCAUAAUGACACUUCGUCUGUUUGAACACCUCUUACAAAAACCUAAUGAACACAUACUGUACAACUUGGUCCUGCGAAACAUUGAGGAGCGAAACUACACCGAAUACAAACCUCCUUGUCCGGAAGACAAAGAUGUAGUGGAGAAUGGACAGAUAGCAGGGGCAGUUGACUUAGAGGAAGAUCCGAUUUUUACAGACUUGUCUCCAGACAACACACUUUCAAAAGAGUGGCUGAGUGCAUCACCGCCCAUUACUCCAGACCAUCACCGCAAUGACGGAAAGACUGAGGUGCACAAGAUCGUAAACAGUUUUCUGUGUCUUGUUCCUGAUGAAGCCAAGUCAUCCUACCAGGUGGAGGGCACAGGGUAUGACACCUACCUCAGAGACGCCCAUAGACAGUUCCGUGAUUACUGCGCAAUCUGCCUGCGAUGGGACUGGCCUGGCUCUGCCAAAGCCAUUGAAAAGUGCAAUUUAGAUGCUCCGUUCUUUGAAGGACACUUCUUGAAAGUUUUAUUUGACAGAAUGGGCAGGAUACUUGAUCAGCCCUAUGAUGUGAAUCUACAAGUGACAUCAGUGCUGUCUAAGUUAUCCCUGUUUCCCCAUCCACACAUUCAUGAAUUCCUGUUGGAUCCCUAUGUUAAUCUGGCCCCAGGCUGUCGGUCACUGUUCUCUGUUAUUGUCAGGGUGGUUGGAGAUCUCAUGCUAAGAAUACAGCGGAUCCCAGAUUUCACUCCAAAACUGCUACUUGUAAGGAAAAGAUUACUAGGACUGGAACCUGAUGGCCCAAUUGUUGACCAUAUGACGUUAUUGGAAGGAGUGAUUAUAUUAGAGGAAUUCUGCAAAGAGCUAGCUGCCAUAGCGUUUGUCAAGUUCCACAGCUCCAGCACGCCCUGAUGUUUUAAACAAAUUGGAUUUUACAUACCUGCGAGACCAAAAGUUACUUUUUAAAAAAAAUUUAAAAAUGUGCAAAUGGAUUCUAACUUCACUUUGGACAAGAAGGGAAACUUGACACUUUAUUAUGCGUAUUUGUCUAUUGUGACCGCGUCUACAAUGCCAGACGUGUUUUCUGGUUUUACUGCCCUCACCAUGGGAACAAGUUGAAUCAAAUGUCUGACGAUUAUUUGGAGACUUCAGAUUACAUUGCUUUGGUCACUUUAAGUAUUAAUUGUUUUACAUACUUUUUAAGGCUGUUCAUCCGUUAUUAUGGGCUUCUUGUUUUUUAACAUGUUCAGCAAACUGAAUUUUUAUUUUUUAUUUUAAACUGGAUUCGUGCAAAGGAGGAGAUAAUAUCAAAAUCUAAAUAUGUAAGCAAAAAAAAAAAAAAAGAAAAUUCUCUCAGAACUUUAUCCCGGAAACAUUGGGCUUAUUUAUGGAUUGUUUAGUCCAAUAAAAUUAUUUUGCAAAUUUAAGAGAACUCCUUGGAUAUCUACUUUAAUUGUAUUGAAGAGCGUCAGGAAGUACAACCCAAAUUCAUAGCUUCUGUUCCGGAAAGGAGUGCAACAAUGUUACUUUUUUGUAUCAAAAACAUGAUAGCAUGAAAAUAAUGGUAUUGUAAAGAGAAAAAAGCAUAUAUAUGGGUCAUGUAUUCCUUGCGUAAUAGGCAUUAGGUGUUUAAUGUUUACUGCAAGAAAUAGGAUUGAGCAAUUGUCCAUUGCAGGUCAGAACCAAGUUUGUGUUGUUUAGCCAAGUGGUCAAAUUUUGUUAAAUUAACAGUGCAAUGUACACAAAUGUCCUCACUUCAAUAUAGAGCUCGGCAGAACCAUUUCCAAAGUUGAUUCAUAAUGGGGAAAAAAUGAUUUCACCAUUAGAUCAGCAUGCUUCUUAUAAGGAAACAGCUUGCUAUAAAACACAGUACAAUAAUAUUCUGAAUGAAUGGUUAAAAGGAUAGAAAUGUCAGAAUUGAAAUGUGCAUGGCUGCAUUUCAACUUUAUAUAGAAACAUUUGUCCAAUAUAGUUCCAUUAGCAAAAAUGCCUAUAGUCAAAGUUAUUAACCUGUUUUUCAACGACAUACGCACAUAUGCUGGGAAAGCUUCACAGGAACAAAACACACCACAGCCAGCUCUCUGAGCUUAAAUAAUGGUGCACAAGCCUUCACAGCAUAUGUGCAUAUGCCGCAGGAAAAACACUAAUAGCUUUAACUAGACACAUGUAUUGCAAAAAUACUUCAAUGCAUAAUGGAAAUGCAACCGUACACACACAAAGAAAUCUGCUGACCCUGUAUCUUCGUCACAUUGGUUGGGAAUUCCCGACUACCAUUAAUCUAUAGAAUUUUUACCUCUUGUGUUGGUGAAACUCCCUUUCUUCUAAUCAAUCAUGUGUUCCCAUAUACUUUUGCAAUGCUGAAACAAAUCAGUCCUCUUUUUCCUGUCUCAAUUCAUCUUUUGAUUGGUUAUUUUAAAGGGACAUUAAACUUAAUAUUUAAUCUCACAGUAAAAUGCUCAGUUAAAUAAAAGAAAACAACAUUGCAAUAUACAUUUAUUAUUUAUUUUGCCUGGUUUAGCUGUAAAACAUCAUACUUAAAGGGACAUUAAACACUUUGAGAUGGUUAUAUAAAAUGAUGAAACAUAUAUAUAAUUGGAAAUGGAAGUGCAGAACACUGUUAUAUUCCACACAGCCAUUGGCUGCACACUCUAAUGACCUAAUUGGCCACAGCAGAGAAUGUAACCUAAGUUACAACAUGGCAGCUCUCAUUGUUUUAUAGACAAUAUAUAGUAUAUAUAUAUAGUCAAUAUUUAAACAGCCAAUGAAACAUUAAAAAAUACAGCUAUUUCAUUCAUCAUUCUAUCUAGCAUUUUUGUAGUGUUUAGGUAUAUAGUGACAUUUAUGUGAGCAUGCAGGAAAUUCAUUAAUUUGUUGUAGCCAAUCAGUAACACAUUUACAUUUGUUACUAAUUGGCUGCAGCAAAUGAGACAAGGAAAAUUUGUCCCACCAGGUUUUGUGAACUAUUUGUCCCACUAGGUUUGUGAACUAUUCUUUAUUUGCAAAACCUUGUACAUUUACUAACAGUGACAGUGUUAUAUGAUUUUGCAACAUUUAGCUUUGCAAUGCAGCUCUAAAUUGCUGAUAUAAUAAAUGUUCUGUUUCACGUCCCUUUAAAUGAGCCACUUCUCUUGUGCCAUAUUCUUUCAUUCUGCUGUUUAUUGCUUCUGCCACAUGCUGCUAUAUUUGAUUAAACCAUCCAGAAUCUAAAAAUUCUCA